AUGUCAAGCAAGGAAGGAUAUGUCAUCAAUAAAGAUGUAUCUCCAAGUACAAGUGCAAGAUCGAUAAAUAUAGAGACACCAGAAUUACGUCAAAAGAGUCCAGUUACUUCACAUGUGACAGCUGUAACUACACCGAGUUCAUCUUGUAGAUCAAGUAGUGUAUUAGAUGUGUCUAAAGCGACCUUUGAUAUGAAAGCUUUUGAAAAAAAGAUGUAUUCGUUAAAUCAAGAAAUUAGUAGCAAAUUAGAUAUGAUUACUAUGAAUUUAUGCAGAUUAAAUCGCUUUCUUCUACCACAUGAGAAAAGAAUAAUAAGACCAGCAGAUCUUCCAGCACUUCAUUGA